AUGGAAUAUUUUAAACGAAAAUUUCGAUCUGGUGGUUCUUAUGAUCAAUUCGAUGAUAAUACUCGAGAUAAUUAUAAAAGUAAAUUUGAUCUUAUGCGUUUAAGUGCUGUUGUUUGUGGCAUAGAGUUUUGUUAUGCAGCUGAAACUGCUUUUGUUUCACCUAUACUUCUUCAGCUUGGUUUACCCGUCGUACUUAUGACUUUGACAUGGUGUUUACCGCCAUUAAUUGGAUUCUUUCUUGUGCCAAUACUUGGUUCACUAAGUGACAAAUGUCAAACACGUAUCGGACGACGACGUCCAUUUAUUUUACUUUAUUCAACUGGAAUUCUUAUUGGUCUUUUACUAGUCGCUAAUGGUCAGACUAUGGGAUAUUGGUUUGGUGACUCGAAGAAUAUUAUUUUCAAUAGUACUGAAUUGAUUAAUCAAACGAAUCCUAUCAAUUACCGAAUAUCGAUUCCAUUUUCAUCACGUAAAUUUGGUACAACAAUCACUGUUCUUGGCGUUUUUUUACUUGAUCUCGAUUGUGAUGCAUGCCAAAGUCCAAGUCGUGCAUAUUUGCUUGAUGUUACACAUCCAAAUCAACAUUCUGUAGGUCUUACAACAUUUACAUCAAUGGCUGGUCUCGGUGGUUGUUUAGGCUAUUUCUUUGGUAGUAUUCCAUGGGAAAAUACAUUCUUAAGUAAACUAUUUGGUGAUCAUGUUCAUGUUGUUUUCACUCUGGUUUGGAUGAUUUAUAUCAUUUGUCUAAUAUUAACAGUAACAACAGCAAAAGAACCAAAUCACAUUGAAAUCAUGGUGCCCAGUCUUAUUCGAUCAUCGUCAUGUCAAUAUAUUAUGUCAAGCUAUUCAAGACGUCCUACACGUGAUUCAAUUGAAGAUAUAAAUCAGUAUGGAACCAUAAAACAAGAACCAGAUGAUUCAACAUCAGUGGCAUAUUUUAAAAUAUCCUAUUUCGAUUAUCUUCGAUCAAUUAUCUAUAUGCCAGUUCCAUUACGAUGGCUGUGUUUAACAAAUUUCUUUUGUUGGAUGGCACUUGUUUCGUAUUCAUUAUUUUUUACGGAUUUCGUUGGGCAAUCUGUUUUUGGUGGAAAUCCAAAAUUCGAACUUGGACAUCCAUUAAGAUCCCUAUAUAAUGAUGGAGUUCGAUUUGGUUCAUUGGGCAUGUCGGUCUAUUCAAUAUCAUGUUCAAUUUAUUCGUUUAAUAUUCAAUCGUUGAAUAAUUAUUUCGGCAUUAAACGAGUUUAUGUUGGAUCUCAAUUAAUAUACGCCGUUGGAAUGUUAUUAAUGGGAUAUUUACGCCAUCGUGUUGCUGUUAUUAUUUUGUCAGCUGUGGCCGGAAUUCUCUAUUCAACAUUAUUUACUAUUCCAUAUUUACUUAUUUCAAAAUAUUAUACAUCAAAUAUAUUCAAUCAAUCAGACACAUACGGACAAAUUCGUGGUAUUGGUACGGAUGUUGCUGUUCUGAGUAGUAUGGUCUUUUUGGCACAAUUAUGUUUAUCAUCAACAAUGGGUACAUUCAUUCAUUUAGCUGGUUCUACAGUUAUUAUAACUAUUGUAGCAAGUAUUCUAAGUAUUUGUGGAGCUAUUUCCGCUACACAUGUGUUGUAUCUUGAUUAG